CAAACCCUCAGAACAAAGCUAUCUUGAAGGUCUCAAGAUUGAGAUUGGUCAUGGAAAUGUCACGCGAAACGUAUGCCCCCCAGGAGGACCUGCGAAACGACAUCGACACACGUGACUACUCGGUCUUCACGAGUUCGAUGCAAUUCUAUUUGACUUACUUCUUGGGCUUCAUUAUAAUUCUCUCGACUCUCACGGCAACUAUCUACUUCCCUCUCAUUCCCCUGUUGAGCCGAGAAUUUUCGGUGUCGGUUCAGGCCAUCAACCUCACGGUGACGCUAUACGCCGUAUGCCAGGGUCUUACCCCGCCCGUAUUCGCGUCACUGGCCGACUCUUUCGGGCGGCGUCCCAUGCUCCUUGGCCUGGUGGCAUUGUAUGCCUGUGCCAGCCUGGGUCUUGCCGUCAACCGCGACAGCUACGGUGUGCUUCUUGCACUCCGUGCAUUGCAGAGCGUCGGCGGGUCGGCCACGCCAGCAAUUGCCUACGGCAUUGUGGCGGAUGUCGCUGUAGUGUCCGAACGCGGGCGCAUGCUGGGUCCCAUGCUCUCUACUUGUAAUGGGAUCUCUGCUAUUGGGCCGGUGAUAGGAGGCGUGGUGGCUCAGAGUACAGGUGCUUAUACGUGGGUCUUUCUAUCCCUCUGCAUCGUCGCACUCACUUGUUUUGUGCUUAUUGGAUUGACUCUGCCUGAGACCGCGAGACCCAUCGUCGGCGACGGGUCCGGCAUUCCCCCUACACUCUCUAAGCUCUGGUGGACUGGGGGUGUCAUUAUGAAAUAUGGCACAAUCAAACCAGAGGAUCCAGAACAUGCGCAACAUCAAACGAUCCCCAAGACUGAAUGGCGGCCUGCCAUGCUGCUUGAGUCACUACGUAUCAUAUUCUACCCCGACGCAGCAGCCGUACUGUGGAUGAUUGCAACGUCAUAUUGCGUUUACUACACCUUUCAAGUCGCCAUUCCUGUGAUCUAUGCCGACAUUUACGGCUAUGACAAUCUCCAGAUCGGUCUUGCCUUCUUGCCCGGGCUUACUGGCAUGACGAUAGGCGGCAUCGUCGCUGGAAAGCUGCUUGACCGAAACUUUGCCCUCGUCGCUCGCAACCACAAUUUUCCUGUCGACAGAAAAAGAGCACAGGAACUCAGUGAUUUUCCCCUCGAGGCUGCGAGGUAUCGGUGCAUCCUACCGUUCGUUGCACUAGAAGUGGCCCUCGUAGCGGGCUACGGCUGGGCUGUGCAGAGACAGGUCCAUCCUGCCGCGUUGCUUGUGAUGCAGUUUUUCAUCUGUGCUUCUUCGACGCUGCUGAGCCACACGGCCAGCGCUCUGCUGGUGGACGUGUUUCCAAGCAAGUCUAGCACGUCAUAUGCGGCAGGUCAGCUGAUGCGGUGCGGGCUGAGCGCUGCUUCAGCUGCUGUCUUGGAGCCGCUGACCGGGGCUGUGGGAAGAGGUUGGUAUUUUACUUUGUUCGCUAUAUUCACUGGCUUCAGUGCUAUCGUAUGCGUCUUCCUUACGAUCGCCAAGGGAAAGACGUGGAGGCGGAAUCGGCAGGCUUCACAAUAGAGGCUCUUAUUACUGCCUUCUCUUCGUGAAUUGGGUGUUCUUGCUUCUUGGCAGUUCUUAGAGCUACGUCAAAACGCGAGACGCCAUAGGCCAGAUUACCACCAGCCACUCUACCUUAUCUUCCAGGCGAUUCUUUCAAUAUGGCCAGAUCCGGUCAAUAGCGAGUGAUAUAGGGUCUAGACCUCGACGUCCAUGAAGUUUCGAUCCGGACCGCGUCCAAAACCGGCCAAUGCCCCCAGGACCACACUACAACGCCCUCGAGUCGCAGAUGAUCGACUGCACAUCCAUUGCAGCAUCUACACACUAUAGGAAUGAUUCGACCAUUUGAUUAGUGACCGGGUUGGAGAAGCUGUUUGUUUGACAAUAGCUCGUAACUUCUCUUUGACUGAACCGUGCUAUAUAUAUAUGUAUUUGUUUACGGGUAGAUUAAGCGGAAGCAUAAUUAAAAGGUCUCGAUGAAUUAUA